CUACAUCAAGGUAGGUAUUAAAAAAAAACUUGACAUCCGAACGGUGAGGUAGGCUCUUUUUCUGUUUUCAGUCCGUAAAAUAGUGAAAAUUACGCGAUUUUCGUGAUAGUUUGUAGCAGAUUACUCCACUUUGAUGCCUAAAAUUUACUGAGGGCAGCGUAUAGCAGAGGGCUGUAUUGGCGCAUUGUAAACAACAGCGAUGGUAAUGGAGGCGUCCCCGUCCCCGCAGAGCGUCGGCCGCGAGUUUGUCCGCCAGUACUACACGCUGCUCAACAAGGCGCCCGCCCAUCUGCACAGGUUCUACAACAACUACUCGUCGUUCGUGCACGGCGGGCUGGACGCGCCCAACCGCGAGACGCUGCCGGUGGUGGGCCAGAAGCAGAUCCACAACCGCAUCCAGCAGCUCAACUUCCGCGACUGCCAUGCCAAGAUCAGCCAGGUGGACGCGCAGGCCACGCUGGGCAACGGCGUGGUGGUCCAGGUGACGGGCGAGCUGUCCAACGGCGGCGCGCCCAUGCGCCGCUUCACGCAGACCUUCGUGCUGGCCGCGCAGUCGCCCAAGAAGUACUACGUGCACAACGACAUCUUCCGCUACCAGGACAUAGUGUUCUCGGACGAGGAGGGCUCGGGCUCGGGGCGGUCGGAGGGCGAGGAGGAGGAGGCGGCGGGUGCGGGCUACUUCCCGCCGCCGCCGCUGCCCGCCGCCUUCCCCGCCGCCUUCCCCGCGCCGCCCGCGCCGCCCCGCGCGUCGCGCCUCGAGCCCGCGCCCGCUCCCGCCGCCGCGCCCGCGCCCGCCCCCGCGCCGCAGACCGCGCCCGCGCCGCCGCAGGCCGCUCAGGCCGCGCCGCACGUCAACGGGCUGGCGCCGCACGACGACGCCGCGCGCCACUCGCUGGCCGUCGCGCUGCAGGAGAUAGCGGCCACCAUCGACAUCAGCAGCGCCGAGCGCGAGCCGGAGCCGGAGCCCGAGCCCGUGCCUGAGCCCGAGCCGGCGCGCGAGCCCACGCCGCCGCCGCAGCCCGGUAAAUGA